AUGAGGCUGCCACUCUUGGUGUUUAUUGUGUAUCUGCUGUGGCUGAAAGAUCGUCACUGUGCACCUACUUGGGGGGACAAAACUGCCAUCCACGGACACCUGAAGGGUUUUUCCGAUGCUGGGGAGAUAGAUGUAGAUGAAGAGGUGAAGAAGGCUUUGAUUGGUAUGAAGCAGAUGAAAAUCAUGAUGGAAAGGAGAGAGGAGGAACAUACCCAUCUAAUGAAAACCCUGAAGAAAUGCAGAGAAGAAAAGCAGGAGGCCCUGGAGCUUAUGAAUGAAGUUCAGGAACAUCUGGAAGAGGAAGAAAGGCUGUGCCAGGCGUCUUUGACAGAAUCCUGGGGCAAAUGCAAGUCCUGCCUGGAAAGUAGCUGCCUGAGAUUUUAUACAGCCUGCCAACCUCGUUGGACCUCUAUGAAAAAUACGGUUGAACAGUUUUUCAGGAAAAUAUAUCAGUUUCUGUUUCCUUUCCAUGAAGAUAAUGAACAAGACCUCCCUGUUGGUGAGAAGGUCAUUGAAGAAGAUGCACAACUGACCCAAAUAGAGAAUGUAUUCAGCCAAUUAACUGUGGACGUGAGAUUUCUCUAUAACAGAAGUUUUAACGUCUUCAAACAGAUGCAGCAAGAAUUUGACCAGGCUUUUCAAUCAUAUUUCAUGUCAGAUACAGACUUAAUUGAGCCUUACUUUUUUCCAGCCUUAUCCAAAGAGCCCACAAAAAAAUCGAAUCUUGUGCAAAGUUGGGACAUUCCCAGCUUCUUCCAGCUGUUUUGUAAUUUCAGUGUCUCCAUUUAUCAAAGUGUCAGUGCAACGAUUACUGAGACGCUGAAUGCAAUAGAGGAUUUCCCAAAACAAGACAAAGACUCUGACCGUGGAGGCCCGAGUUCAAAGAUGCUGCCUGUGGGGGACAGAGGACUGUGUGGAGAUCUUGGCCAGAAUUUGUCAGAAUGUUUCCAAUUUCAUGCAAGAUGCCAAAAAUGUCAGGAUUACCUAUGGGAAGACUGUCCUGAUGUACCUGAACUGCACACAAAAGUGGAUGAGGCCCUUAAACUUGUCAACAUAUCCAAUCAGCAGUACACCCAGGUUCUCCAGAUGACCCAGCAGCACCUGGACGACACCGCGUAUCUGAUGGAGAGGAUGAGAGAGCAGUUUGGCUGGGUGACUGAACUGGCAAACCAGACCCCAGGAACUGAGAACAUCUUCAAUUCCAUAGAGGUAAUUCCAGGUGUUCCUGAAGGAAAUUUUUCCAAACGAGGUGACAUGACGAUAGACUUCAGCAUUCUGCCUUCGCCCAAUGUCACACUCAAGAUCCCUCUUGAAGAAAGUGCUGAGAAUUCUAACUUCCUUAGCCACGUGCUGGCAAAAGCUGUACAGCAUUUUAAGGAACAUUUCAAAAUUUGGUAG